ACCGUGUAGUUCCGGAUUCGGUCAUUUCCUGUAAGGAAGUUGUCCGUUCUAAACAAACGCUAGCUCGUCGAUAUAUAUUCUGCAAACUCUCAAUGAGUUUUACGAUAUUGAAAUCCUCGUAGCUAUAAAUCACCUCUAAUCCUGUGUAUCCAUGGAGACGCCUGAGCCUGGCCCAGCAGAUGGAGAGGAGCGCCUGGUGGAGCUGCGACCACGGACACGCUCCAACCCUGAAGGUGCUGAGGACCGUCGCAGCAGCACAGGGAGCCUCGGAGGCAACAGCAAUCCCAACAUAUCUCAGCCUGCUGUGGGCAGUCGUGUGGAGGGGGAGGGCGAGGCCUCGACCAGCGAUAGUCCUCCGAGUUCCACCACCACGACCGUCUCCACAGCGGCCGCUCAGACUGUAGCACCCGCUGCUGUAGCGGCAACAGCUGCAGCCAGUGUCUCAAUGCCACUAUCUACUACUGCUGUUGCAGCCAAAGAGAGGCCGAAGCCCACACAACAGCAGCCCACACUGACAACCCCGGUCCCCCCACCAGCAGAGUACCAGCUCCGAGUUCCCCGCGUCAACUGCCCCGAGAAAGUGAUAAUCUGCUUAGACCUUUCUGAAGAGAUGUCUUUACCCAAGUUGGAGUCUUUUAAUGGGUCUAAAACAAAUGCCCUGAACAUAUCCCAGAAGAUGAUCGAGAUGUUCGUCAGAACUAAACACAAGAUUGACAAACGCCAUGAGUUUGCCCUGGUGGUAGUCAAUGAUGACGCUCUGUGGCUGUCAGGCUUCACGUCGGACCCCAGGGAGCUGUGCAGCUGUCUGUAUGACCUGGAGACCAAUGUGUGCGAGUCCUUUAACCUGGAAGAUCUUCUAAAUGUAAUUCGUCAGAAGAUCGAGCUGCCGUUGAUGGAGAAUGUUCAGACCAUCCCACCUCCAUAUGUGGUGCGGACUGUGCUCAUCUACAGCCGUCACGCAGGACAACUACAGUUCAACCCUUCUGAGGCUGUCGGUAAAAUGCUUCAAUCUCCUUACUUUUUCUUUGACGUUGUCUACCUCCAUAAUGGUGUGGAGGAUCAGGGGGAUGAGACGAGCUGGAGGGAGAACUACACCUCUUUCUGCAACCUCGACUCAAAGGGCAUGUGUUAUCGCUAUGAGGUUUCCCUGAGUGGACCCGCCAUCGAGCUGCACAACUGCAUGGCCAAACUCUUGGCUCACCCUUUGCAGAGACCUUUCCAGAGCCAUGCAUCUUACAGCCUCCUGGAGGGGGAGGACCCCCAGGACAUCGAGGCUACUGUCUAGAAUGGGACUCUCUCAUUAAAGCCCUGCUUCUAUGGGAAAUGCACACACACUGUAGUUCAACAUAAAAGGACUGGGGUUUCCCAAAUAUAACUUAUCUCUGAGGGUUUUUCCAUUAACUUGCUAUGGCACAAAAAUAAUGGGUUUAAGAUUAUUUGGGAAAACCAAGACAGGUUCUUAAGAAACAAGAUGGUUUAUACAGGCUGAUAUUAACACAGUCUCUGUGUUUCAACAAGAGAAUGAUUGAGGGAUUGAUUGUUUGAGGCUGAGAUAAUGAUUUAAUUAUCUUAUUUUUAGCUUUAAAGUUACUCUUGUGGAUGAUGUAGUGAUGAAGUAGAUGUCAGACCUGAGCGAUGGUAGAGAAGAAGGAGAUGAGGAGGGAAAAAAAAUAAAAAGCAACAGUAACACUUUAGCGACCUUACUCUCUAAACAUUUGUUUUUCUCUCAGAUCUUAGACCACACUGAUGUCUGUAAGUCUUAAAGGGUGAAAUCAGUGUAAACAAGCUGCAAUACCUGUAAUAAUUUUCCAUAGCAGGUUUUUUGAGACUUUGAAGUAAUGAACUGGAAUAUAUUGUACUGUAUCACGUUGCUCAUAUUUUCUGUAAUAUUGCCUUUCCUUUUAGUUGGUAAUUUCCACCUUUGCUGCCUGUUUUAAUGUAUUUUUUUUAUUUUAUAAGGGGUUGCAUUUAUUCAUUUGUUCAUUUGUCACUAGUGUAUAUUACACAGACAAUGACAGAAUGUACCGUAAUGUAGGUGUGACCUGAUUUGAUCCAUUUUUUUUCCUUGACAAUGAUCUCUGUAGCGUUGAUGCUUCGAUUGUGAAAAAGGCCCCUCGUACUGCCAGUCUAGCUGCACUUGAAACACACUGUACAGAUGAGCUUUCUGAAGCUGUUUCUGGACAUAAAAAAAAAACAUGUUUAAUCCUAUUUUUUCAUCCUCAGAUGUUGAAUUUUGUGUCUGUGCUUUCUACGUUCUUGUCACGAGAUGGCAGCAGAUUGCCUCUAGAAAUGAAGCUGAUUCUGAACUCAAAGUCCUUGUUGAAGAAAUGGAGUUAGAAAGGAGUUGCAUAUUUAUAAAGCCACUACAUUUUUGUAUUCUAAACAGGCUUUUCUUUAAUGCUUUUAAGGCUUUUCUUAUGCUUUCAUCAAUGUUAAACUUUUUUUGUAAUGCUAAACUACAGAUGUCGUUACUCUCAAACUUCAUAAUCACUCUAAUAUUGCUGAAUCUGUAUGACAGCAUGAUUAAGCAGUUAUUGUAAAUGUUAUCUCUUAUGGCACAAAUAUUACUUGAGUUGUAAAGAUAUAUUUUCCUUUA